AUGUACUCCAACUCGAACGCCUUUCUGGGCGGCAACAGCCAGCGACCUGGCCAGCAGCAAUAUGGCGGUGGCUCGUUCAACACCGGCCCUGGGCUCGGUGGCCAGCCUCAACAGCAACAGCCAAGUCCUUUUGCGCCACAGCCUACGGGAUUUGGACAGCAGCCGUUGCAGCAGCAGUACACUGGCUUCCCAAUGCAGGCCCAACAGACGGGUAUGCCGCAGGCUUCUCAACCGCUGCAGCAGCAGUAUACGGGCUUUCCUGGCCAGGCACAACCUCAGCAGAGCUUCCAGACAGGAGCUGUGCCCCCCAUGCCGUCAAUCCCCUCGCAGUAUCAACAGCAAUUUCAGCAGCAGCAGCAACAACAACAGCCGCAGCCGCAACCGCCCCAGCCUGGAUUUCAGACGUCUCAGCCAACUGGGUUUCCUUCGUCCUCGCCUGCGCAGGCUUCUGCCGCGGCCCCCCCUCCGCCUCCGAUGAAGCCUCAGCCGACUGGCUUCACUGAGAUGGCUGCAUCUUUCCACACAGGUGGAACGGCUAAGCCUCAAGGACGACGGGCCGAGAAGACGAACAAGAUUCCCAACAUCAGGCUCUCAUUUAUUACGGCCCAGGAUCAGUCCAAGUUUGAGACACUGUUCAAAUCGGCUGUUGGGGAUAACUCGACUACCAUGUCCGGCGACAAGGCCAGAGAUCUUUUACUGCGGUCUAGAUUGGAUGGAGAUACCCUUUCUCAUAUCUGGACUCUGGCAGAUACUACUCGCGCUGGCCAGCUUUACUUUCCCGAGUUUGCACUCGCCAUGUAUUUGUGCAAUUUGAAAAUGACGGGCAAGUCCUUGCCAACAACGCUGCCGGACAAUAUCAAGAACGAAGUUUCCAGCAUGGUUGAUAUUAUUGGCUUCAGUGUGGUGGACGAUGCUCCCGCUUCGCGUCCGGCCACUAACGCCCCGAGCUUCCAAAACGAUGUUUCUACGCCUCCGGCUAUUCAACAGCCCCAACCGCAGCCGUCCAACUCUCAGCUUCUCCAGUCGCAGAUGACGGGCUUUCCCGGCCAGCAGCCUGGCUUUGGUGGUCAACCCCAGGGCCUCCAGGCUCAACAGACUGGAUUUCCCGGCAUGCAGAAUCCUCGGCCCACAGGAUAUCAGGGACCACGACCUCCGAUGCCCCCCAUGCCUACUGGUUUCGGUCAGAACCCAAAUGACGCUGGCUUAGCAAUGCCACUAAAUGCCCAGCCCACGGGUCGACCAGGACAAUGGGGACUAGUUAAUGCACCUGCCUCUGGACUGCCCAACAUUGAUGCCUUGCAAGCCCGAAUGAUGCCUCAACAAGGCCGUGAAGCCGGCAGCUACACAACCCAGGGACUUCAGGGCAAUGCUGUUAUUCCAUGGGCCAUCACCAAAGAGGAGAAGACCCGGUAUGACUCCCUUUUCAGAGCCUGGGAUGGCUUUGGCAAAGGGUACAUUGGUGGCGACCAGGCGAUCGAAAUCAUGGGCCAGAGUGGCCUAGAGAAACCUGAUCUGGAGAGAGUUUGGACACUUUCCGACAAUGGCAACAAGGGCCGUCUGGAUCUCGACGAAUUUGCCGUCGCCAUGCAUUUGAUAUACAGAAAGCUGAACGGCUAUCCCCUCCCCAACAACCUUCCUCCGGAGCUUGUCCCGCCCUCUACUCGCAAUUUCAGCCAGUCGAUAGGUACCCUUAAGUCCAUGUUGAACCAAGAAUCUGACUUUCGAAAGAACUCUGGUGCCUCUCUUCUUCCCCAGAAGACUGGUGUGAGCUACAUGAAGAACCGUUCUUUCAGAGGAGCUGGGGCUGGCUCCCAGGCGGCUCGUAAGGAUGCUACCGUCUUCAGGAACGACGACGAAGAUUUCGGCUAUCGGUCCAGCGCUCGGCGAAGACUUGGAAAUUCAUCUCCCCGCUCCGAGUCCCCUGCAUCCGUUGCAUCCAGUGACGACCUUUCUCUUGAUCAACUGAGAAAGAAGAUUAAGGAGAAGCAGGUCCUUUUAGAUGCCAUGGACUUUGCUGAUGAAAGAAGCAACGAGGAGGAUGAUAUACUCGAUCGUCGAGACCGAAAAGAAUCUGAAGAGCUAUAUCGACGCAUCAGACGCAUCCAAGGAGAUAUCGAUGCCCAUCCUGAUGCAGCAUUAGCCACUGGAGAUUCUGAUGCGGAAAGACGUGCUCUGAAGCGUCAACUCCAGAAUCUCACUGACAAGGUUCCCGAGCUUGCAUCCCAGGUCCGAAGAACUGAGAAGGCUAUCAUGGAGGCCCGACUUGAACUCUUCCGUCUGAAGGACGCCAAGGCGCAUCCGAACUCCGGUCCGCAGAUUGUCGGAACUGGACCAGGAGGCACUGUAACGGAAAGCGAUCGACUAAAGGCUAGGGCAAAGGCCAUGAUGCAACAACGGACAGCUGCUUUGACAGGCAAGAAGAUUGACGUUGCCGCUGAGGACACUGAUGCGCCGAAGCGACUUGAAGAUGAAACCAUCAAGGUCAAGAGCGAGAAGGAAAGCAACGAGAGCAUGGUCCGCGACGUAGAAGAAAGUGUUCGCGACUUUGCACGGGGUAUUGAAGACAGCCUCAAAGAAGGCGGCAACGAUAACUCAAGCGAACACGAGAAGCGACGAUGGGAGGAUGCUCUUGGAGUGGAAGACGAGGUUCGAGAUUUCAUCUUUGACUUGCAGCGCGACAGCCGUGCUGCUCGUGCUCGUGCCCAGGACAGGCGCCCUGCGCAAGCCUCGCCUCCCGUCGAGCAAUCUCGGCCGGAGAGAGUCGCCAGUCCACGCGUUGAAAGUCCUGUUUCCACGUCUCGUACCGCUACUCCCCCUGCUACUGGCGGUUCGUACUCCUCGUACAAAACCCCAGAGGAGCGCGCCGCGUACAUCAAGCAGCAAGCAGAGCAGCGUAUGGCUGAGCGUUUAGCUGCACUGGGUAUCAAGGCUCCAGCCAAGUCAGGCGAGACAGCUGCUCAGCGAAGCGAGCGGGAACGUACCGAACGUGCUGCCAGAUUGAAGCAAGCAGAAGAAGAAGAUGCUCGCAGAGAUGCUGAGCGCCAGGCUCGUUUGGCUGAUGAGCAUGGCGUGCCUGAUCCUGCUUCAGCUUCGGAAACGCCCAAGGCCUCGGCUAGAGCCCCCCCUCCUCCCCCAGCCAGCAGGAAGGGCGGCAAAGUAGACACUUCUGAGCAGGAUACCGCGAGACAGGCAGAAGGGGAACGGGCUGCCAAGGCUGCUGAGGAGGCAAGGCUCACCAUGGAACGUGAGGAACAGGAAAGAGAGAGGCAGAAGAUGGAGAAUACUGUCAAGAAAGAAGAGGAUGAAUUUGCCAGGGAACAGGAGGAGGCAGCAGCUCGUCUAAAGGCUCUGGAAGAGCAGGUUAAGCAGGGCAAGUUGCGAAAGGAGGAGGAGAAGAGACGAAAGAAGGCUGCGCUUGCAGAAGCCAAGGAGAAAGAAGCCAAGAUGGCGGCGAAACGAGCAGAAAUUGAAGCAUCCAAGCAACGUGAGCUGGAGCUUCGACGACAACUCGAGGCUCUCGAUGAUGAGGACUCCUCAGACGAUGACGAAGGCCCUCAGCAGAUCACUCCCCAGGAGUCUACCCCGAGUGGCAGCCAGAUUGUUCAUCACGACACAGAGAAGAAACCCAGCUCUCCUCCACCAGUGCCGGCUGCCGCUCCUCCUGUACCAACCGUCGUUACGUCCCCUCCUGCUGAUGCCGAGAGCAAGAACCCUUAUCACAAGAUGAUGUCACAACCGGCAGAGGCAUCAUCCACUGGUCAAUCUCAAGAGUCUGCGCCUGCUCCCCCAGCCGCUGCGGCUCCUCCCGUUCCUCGCUCUGAAGCGUCUACAAAUCCCUUCCAUCGUAUGGCUCAACCUCCUCCCGCUGCUACUGGACCUGUGUCCCGAAAGCGAGCAGACUCAGAAGACUGGGGUUCAGAUAAAGAUGACGACGAAGACUCGGAUGAUGAUCGACCAGGAGGUGGCAACGCUGCUCAAUUGGCAUCUAUCCUAUUCGGAACCAUGGCACCGCCGCGACCACUAUCUGCUACUGGGCGGGAUUCAUCACCAGCUAGCCCGGCGCCGGCGAACGAUGCUCCCAUUGCAUCGCCGCCGCCUCCUCCUCCGGCUCCUGGCUCAGAUGCUCCUGUCGCACCACCACCGCCCCCUCCCCCAAUGCCAGAGAGCAAUGGUCCUACGUCGCCUCCUCCUCCGCCGCCUAUGCCCAGUGCCGACGCUCCCUCGGCACCUCCACCACCACCGCCCAUGCCACCGACAGGAGCAGCUCCUCCUCCACCUCCGAUGCCUGGUGCGGGAGCUCCUCCUCCUCCUCCUCCGCCUCCACCAGCUGGUGAUGCCCCCGCUGCCCCGGCUUCUGGUGGCCGUCCAGCUGGCUUCUUGAGCGAGAUCCAAUUAGGGAAGUCCCUCAAGAAGACCAAGACGAAUGACAAGAGUGCGUCCGCAGUUGCCGGUCGUGUUUUGGAUUAA